CUCCUGCACAUUGCAGCCAGCAUCCGAGCGACCGGUCCAGUGUGGGGUUCAUGGGCGUUCCCAAUGGAACGAUACUGCGGGUCGCUUCAGCCAGCCAUCACAAGCCGCCGUUUCCCCUAUGCAAGCAUUAAUCGUUACGUGCUCAACAACGCACGAUUAUCGCAUAUCAUGCUUAAGUAC